AGAGUCACAUGAUCCGCGCUGAGCCAGGCUGACCAAUUCCAAUAUGGUGGCCAGCUUGGCAGGUCUACGGUUCCUGUUGAUGAUAUUGUUGUUCUGCGGGAUCAGGUACGGCGCCUGCAGCCAGGAAGCCCCGCUGGUUCUGGGGCUGCGACUGGAAGACCCGGCGGGUCCCGUGUGUAUGAAGGAUCGGAUCAUCUCGGCGCCAGAAGGAGCCACGUUCAACCUCCGUCUCUUCGGGACGGAUCUGAAUGGAAGCUGGCCGUGGGUGGCGUUCGCAGGGGCAGCUGGCGGGGCGGCCGGGGAUGCGCCUGACCCGUGCGCGGAGGAGUCCAGCCGUCACGAGUCCGCUUUUCGGGUGAAGGGUGAGUUCACCUCGGAAAAUGACAGCGGGCUGAUAACGGUGGAGGUCCUGCAGAGGAGCAUCAGCGCCGGAGCAGCUGGCCGCGAGGAGACCUACCACCACCUGUGUGUGCUGAGCGGAGGGAAAUGGGCAUCCGCGGGCUUGGACAGACUGCGGAUAAACCCGGACGUGGGUCAGCCCGCAGACUACAUCCCGCCGUGGUGUCUGGCCGUGCUGGUAGUGCUGCUGCUGCUGAUCUGCGGGGUGCUGAGGACUGUGAACCUGAGCCUGCUGUGGCUGGACCCCGUGGAGCUUUAUGUCCUUCACAGCUGUGGAUCCGAGGAGGAGAAGCGGGCCGCCAAGCGCCUGGAGCCCAUCAGGAGGAGGGGGAACUUCUUGACAUGUUCCCUGCUGUUCCUGUGUGCUGUGGGACACUCGGUCCUGGGUGUCCUCCUGUACCGGGCCCUGGGCUCCAUCGUCUCCGCAGUGUUCACCAGCGGCUUCCUCAUCUUCUUCCUGGCUGAGCUGGCUCCUCACAUCCUGUGCUCCGGCUACGGGUUUCAGCUGGCCCCGGCUCUGACCUGGCUGGCCCAGGUUUGUAUGGUGUUCACGUGCCCCCUGUCCUGCCCUCUGGGGCUGAUCCUGGACCUGGCGCUGAGGAGGGACAUCAGCACCUGUGGGAUAAGGGAGAGGGCCAUGGAGAUGAUCCGCACAAGUGUCAACGACCCUUACAGUGAGUUUGUGAAGGAGGAGUUCAGCCGCGGGAUGCUGCGCAGUAAGACGGUGGAGGACAUCCUGACCCCUCUGAAGGACUGCUUCAUGCUGCCCAGCUCGGUCGUCCUGGACUUCUCCACCAUGUCUGAGAUCAUGCAGAGCGGAUACACUCGGGUGCCCAUAUACGAGGAGGAGAGGUCCAACAUCGUGGAAAUCCUUUAUGUGAAAGACUUGGCUCUGGUGGACCCAGACGACUGCACCCCCAUGACGACUAUCACCAAGUUCUACAAUCACCCGCUGCACUACGUCUUCAACGACACCAAGCUGGACGCCAUGCUGGAGGAGUUCAAGAAAGGCAACUCUCACAUGGCCAUCGUCCAGAAGGUGAACAACGAGGGGGAGGGAGAUCCGUUCUACGAGGUGCUGGGACUGGUCACCUUAGAGGACGUCAUCGAGGAGAUCAUCAAAUCAGAGAUCCUGGACGAGUCUGACGGCUACUUGGACAGGAAAGUGAAGCGGCCCCUCGCUCCGCUGGAGAUUCCUCUGGAGCCUCGCAGCGUCCACGAGGAAUUUUCUCUUUUCAAGCCUCCUGAAGGAGAACCUAAGAUCCGUACCUCGCCACAACUCCUGCUGGCUACACACCGCUUCCUGUCCAGAGAAGUGGAGCACUUCAGCCCCGCACGCGUGUCCGAGAAGGUCUUGUUCCACCUGCUCCGUCACCCCAGCGUCAACCAGGAAGUGCACUUUGACCCAAACAACCGGCUGAGCGCAGGCCACUAUCUCUACACACGAAACCACCCGGUGGACUAUUUCAUCCUGCUGCUGCAGGGUCGUGUGGAGGUGGAGAUCGGCAAAGAGGGGCUGAAGUUUGAGAAUGGGGCGUUUACAUACUACGGUGUGUCUGCUCUAACGCUGCCAUCUUCAGUGCACCAGUCUCCAGUGUCGACCCAGCGUCACUCUCCCAGGGAUCCCUUCGAGUCAGCAGAAGCUACAAGCCCGUCCAGCUAUUGUCCCGACUACACCGUCCGAGCGCUCACUGACCUGCAGCUCAUACGGGUGACACGUCUCCAGUAUUUGAACGCUCUCAUGGCGUCGCGGGUCGGUCAGAGUCCAGAUCCUCCGGAGAUUAAGAUCCUGCCCAACAGUCAGACCAAGCUGCUCAACGACAGAAACACCACACAAGGUGGCAGUAGAGCCCAGGAGAGCUCCACAGAAGAGGAGGCUCAUGGGUAGUGCGGUUCUGUCUGCCCCGCUGUUAAAGACCUGCUUCAAACAAGUAGAGAUUUUAGUUUUUUGUUUGUUUUUUAUUGAUGAAUCAUCUAUGGCUGGAACGUAGCUAAUGGACAAGACUGGAGUGAGAGUGAUUUUAUUUUUUAUGUAGAUCCACCGCUCACCCUUCUCAUCUCCAUCCCUAUUCCUUUAUGUGCUUUUCAUUAUUUGUUGUUGUUUUAUACACUAUGGACUAUAUGUGUGUAUAUAUAUUAUAUAUAAAUACAUUUUAUUUUAAUUUGGCAGUGCCUUUCUUCCAGGUUUAGCCUUUCAUAGUAAACAUUGCCAUUCCUCACUUUUGCCUGUCUGGGUGCCAAAGCUUACAUGUGUGUUUGUGUGUGUGUGUGUGUGUGUUGUCUGUGUCUGUUUGUACUGAAGCGUCCGUCCGCUUGAGACACUUAAAACACACGCGUUGGUUGAAAGCAGGUUUGCACGUUAAAUUUGUGCACUGUUGGUAAGGUACGUCCAGAUUUUAUACCCUCACGCAACUUUGCUGUCAGACGUAGAGGUGUGUGUGUGUGUAACCAGAAACUAAAAUUUCAGCUUCGGUCUUUCGAUGGAUGAUGGUUUGUUUCAACUUUAAAUAUUCAAGUUAGAAAGUGUGGCGUAAAGGACUUAAUCAAAGGACGUAAUCCAAAGUAAAAAAAUAGAUUAAACACUACGUGCUAACAAAGAGUGAUAGUUUUUUAUUAAUGCUUAUUUUAACAGAAGCUCCAAAAAGAUGAACCUAAGAGUGGUUGUAAGUAGAGCUGAAACAAUUAGUCGAUUUGUCAGAAAAAGACGCAGAAAUGCUUGAAAAACUUGCUGAUUUGCUGCUAUUCUUUGUCUCGUGAUAAUAAUCUGAAUAUCUUUUGGGUUUUGGACUAUUUGUCAGACAAAACAAGACAUUUCAAAACGUCAUCUUGGGCUUUAGGAAAAUGUGACGGGCAGUUUUUUUUGACAUUUUAUAGAUCAAAUGAUUAACAGAGGAAAUAAUCUGCAGACUAAUGAAAUAAUUGUUAGUUGCAGCGCUAGCUGUAGUCCAACACGUUUCAGUCUCAGUGAAGAACAUUAACUUGCCAAACAGUAUCUCAGAAUCCGACUCUGCUUUAUUGAAGUAUGUAAGAGGAGUCUGACUGCAACAUAAACAGACCUACAGGUUAGGUAAGAGUAUUAAUAGAGAUGACUGGUUAGUAGGGCUGGGUACAAAACCUCAGUAUUGCUUUUGGUACCAACUAAAAUGUGUCCAUAUCACCAAAAUCAUCAAAAACUGUCAAGUAUCAUAAUCUAAUUUUCUUAUUCUUUGAUCAGAUUUAAAUCAUUUAAAAGUUUUAGUUAAUGUUCUUGUACAGCUGCUUGUGUUUAGACAAUAUUUAACAUUUGGCUUCUUAGGUUAAAAGAGAGCUGAAAUGAUUAGUUAAUUAACAGAACAUUAAUCUGCACCUGUUUUUGAUGAUUGAUUUAUCAUUUUGAUGUCUGAUGGUCAGAUAAAACAAGCAGUUAUGCAGCUACGAUGGGCAUUUUUCACUGUUUUCUUACAUUUUAUUGCCAAAAACUAUUGAUCAAGAAAAGAAUCGGCAGAUUCAUUGAUAAUUCAGAAAUAACAGUUUGCUGCACGUGUUUGUGUUUCUCAAAGUAAGGUAUUAAAAAAAGUAUUUCGGUACCAAAACUCAGGUAUCGGCACUAGUCUUGAAACAUUUCAAACAAUACUCAGCCCUACUAGUUAGUCGCAUCCGACUGAAAUUAUUGUAGUUGAUCGCCAGAAAUUAAAAAAAUAAUUUUGAUGAUCAAUUAAUCCUUUAACAUUUACCGUUUCCAGCUUCUCAGAUGUGAGGUUUUGCUGCUUUAUAUAAUUGUAAUCUGAAUAUCUUACUGACUGUUGUCUUAUCCUGGGAUAGUUUAAAGGAGAUAUUCUACAACUUUGAUGCUGUUAACAAAUCCCAAGAAAACAACAACAACAACAACAACGACGUGUUAGUCCGUCUCUCAACACUUUCUGACUCCCCCACCCUGUCUGCGACUCCUGCUGAAGACUCAGAAGUUUAAAAACACAAAUAUAUAGUUUCAUGUUUAAAAAAGGCUCAGUCAUUUCCUAAAAAAAAUGGUCACUGUAGUUUUUAUCAAACAAACAGGAGGAAAUGGGGCAGCAGGACGGUGUGUCAGAAUAAACUACAGUGUGUGUGUGUUCAUGGUGAUGAAGGAACAUGUCACCCAGUGCAACUGAUGUGUUUUUAAUAGUUUCUGGACAACGAUGGAGCUCUGCGGCUCAGAGGGAGAAGAUCCAUCAGGCUGUUAUUCACCUGUUAGUAGAAACAUUCAGUGUUGGUUUUGGGAUUUGUUAACAUUAAGAGAAAUAUAGAAUAUCACCAGACGUUUCCUUUUAAUGUAUACACGGCGACGCUUCUGCCAGACAUUGAUUGUAUGAUGAGUCGUGUCGACCCAGGUUCAUAGUGAUCUUUGAGGAGAGAACAAGCCCACAACAACACAUCGGUGAAUCUGCUGAAUCCCAGCAGAGGGCGCUAUGAAUCUGAUGCCUGCACUGAUCUCAUUGUGUGUAAUUUAAACCCUGGAACUGGAAGUCAGAUUAAUAGUAAAAUGGCGGCUGUGGUCAGAGUCAGCUGUCCUGUAGUCAAACAUCCGUUUGUUUGGUUCAUAUUCAUACUAACCCUAAAGCACCUUGUUUGUUAUCUGUGUUAUCAAAUAUAUUUGAGUCCUGUUAACAUUGCAGCACAUGUUCACUGUCUGUCUUUCUGUCUGUUAUAUCUGUCUGUCUACGAGUGUGUGUGUCUGUGUGUGUGUGUGACAUAAUAUUUCACUAGUACAUGUCAGCAAACAAGCAUCCAGCCUUCACCUUAACUCCGUCACCCCAUGUAUGUAUGUUGAUAGCAUAACAUGCAUUGUAAGCAUCUGUCAGUCAUUGUUGCAUGUGUGUAAACGUGAAAUGUGUCAGAAACGGCCUCUAAAUAACCACCUCUGUGCUCCCUGUGUUUGUACAUUAAUGUAUUAACGAUGAGGAGGAAAAUGGCCGACUGUCUCCGUGAGCCCUUUGACAUGAUGAUAAACAAAAUCAGCGGUCGGGUUUUUUUUGGAAGUCUAUUUUAAUGUAAAACUCGCAUGCCCAAAUGUACGUUGAGAAAGUCUCUCGCUGUAAUCAUUCCUCCUGUCCAGGCUGGCCGUGAAGCGACACUGUUGUAGUGCAGCUACACUGUAAAAAGUGUUGACCUUGUUCUGUGCAAAAAUACGUUCUGAAGUUGAAGGCGGGGGUUUGCUCAAAAAGACGCAUCGUCCGACCGCUGCCACGCUUGAAGGCGUUUACAUAUGGGGAUAACAGUGCAGUCUUUCCUCGAAGGCAUUCGUACUGUUGCACUUGGUUGUUCGCACCAAAUAUGAAUGAAUAAAUAGUUGCGUAAAGAGUCAAAAAAGAAGUUCAAACCCAGCUUUCUUUGUCACCUCCGCACAGCCGGUCAGUUGCUGAGUGAAGUGGGUGUGAAUGUUAGAUUGUAGGUUUCGGAUAGUUACAGAAAUUGUGAAAGGCGUUCCCCUAAAUUGGGAAGUCGGGAAGGGGGGGGGGGGGGUUGGAGCUAAUAUGAGGCUUCAACAGUCUGAGUUAGUCAAAAAAAUUUGGUAUCUCCAUCCUGGAAGUUAGUUUUCAGUGUUGUGUCGACGUCUGUUUCCCUAACGAUUUGUGCUUCCCCUCACCUUUCCAUGAACCCAACC